UGCUAUUCCCGGCACCGGCCGCAACUGCACAUUAUCCAAUCACCUUUAAGUAAAAAGUAUCGCGAGUCUUCGGUGAGACUUGAUUCUAUAAGCCCGUGGGAACCACUCUAGGAAACCCUUUUCACGAAGAUGGCGCCGAAGGCGAAGAAGGAAGCUCCUGCCCCUCCCAAAGCCGAAGCCAAAGCAAAGGCUUUGAAGGCCAAGAAAGCAGUUUUGAAAGGCGUCCACAGUCACAAAAAAAAGAAGAUCCGGACGUCACCCACCUUCCGACGGCCCAAAACACUGCGGCUCAGGAGGCAACCCAAAUAUCCUCGGAAGAGCGCCCCUAGGAGAAACAAGCUUGACCACUACGCCAUCAUCAAGUUCCCGCUCACCACUGAGUCAGCCAUGAAGAAAAUAGAAGACAACAACACACUGGUGUUCAUUGUGGAUGUCAAGGCCAACAAGCACCAAAUUAAACAGGCUGUGAAGAAGCUCUAUGACAUAGACGUGGCUAAGGUGAACACCCUGAUCAGGCCUGAUGGAGAGAAGAAGGCAUAUGUUCGACUGGCCCCCGAUUAUGACGCUUUGGAUGUUGCCAACAAAAUUGGGAUCAUCUAAACUGAGUCCAGCUGGCUAAUUCUAAAUAUAAAAGUUUUCACUAU